GUCCUUCCUGCAUAUGGGCUGCUGGAGAUGAGUUUGUAACAAUGAUUGAUUUAUCUUAAGUUCCUAACGAAGGAGAAGAGCAGAGAGACGGAGUGUGAGGAGACUUCUUCGUCUUCAUCUCUAUAUCUGACUGCUGUUCAUAAAUUUCAAGAUGCAUUUGGCUGUGUUUCUAUUUGCAUUAGCACUCUCUGCAGCCACUUUCGCCCUGGACAAUGGGGUGAUGAGGACCCCUCCUAUGGGCUGGUUAGCUUGGGAGAGAUUCCGAUGUGACAUUGACUGCAAUAAUGACCCCAAGAACUGCAUCAGUGAGAAUCUGUUCAUUGACAUGGCUGAUAGACUCUCAGAGGACGGCUGGAGGGAGCUGGGCUACGUCUACGUAAACAUCGAUGACUGUUGGUCCUCCAUGGAGAGAGAUGAGAAGGGACGGCUGCAGGCUGAUCCUAAAAGAUUCCCAGGAGGAAUCCCAAAACUGUCACGCUACAUGCAUGAUAGGGGUCUAAAGCUUGGGAUCUAUGGUGACAUGGGCACACACACCUGUGGGGGCUACCCCGGCACCCCAUUGGACAAGAUCGAGAUUGACGCUCAGACCUUUGCAGACUGGGAGGUGGACAUGUUUAAAUUUGAUGGCUGUUAUUCCAAUGCUACAGUGCAAGAGAAGGGUUACCCUCUCAUGUCCAAGGCUCUGAACGCUACUGGCCGUCCUAUUGGCUACUCCUGCAGCUGGCCUGCCUAUCAGGGGGGCCUUCCGCCUAAGGUAAACUACACUCAGUUGGGCGAGAUCUGCAACCUGUGGCGCAACUACGGUGACAUCCAGGACUCAUGGGACAGUGUCCUCAACAUUGUUGACUGGUUCUUUGAGAACCAGGAAAUCCUAAUACCUGCAGCUGGACCUGGAAGGUGGAAUGACCCUGAUAUGUUGAUCAUUGGUGACUUUGGCCUCAGCAUGGACCAGUCUCGCUCUCAGAUGGCUCUGUGGGCCAUCAUGGCUGCUCCCCUCUUCAUGUCCAAUGACCUGCGUACCAUCAGCGGUGGAGCACGCAGCAUCUUGCAGAACAAAAUGGUCAUCAGCAUCAAUCAGGACCCCAUGGGCAUCCAGGGAAGACGCAUUGUGAAGGAGAAGAAUGGGAUUCAAGUGUUCUGGCGCCCCCUGUCAAACGAUGCCAGUGCUUUGGUAUUCUUCAGUCGACGUACUGACAUGCCCUACCACUACAAAACCUCCCUCAGCAAACUCAACUACACCACUGGCAGCUACAAGAUCUAUGAUGUCUUCACUGACAAGACGGCACUGCUGAAAGACUCCACUGACUUUGUGGUGUCAGUGAACCCAACAGGUGUGGUCAUGUGGUACAUCUCUGCGCCUGCCAAACUCAACCGCCAAAAUUUCUACAGAGGUGGAAAUCUGAGGAAAUCCGUCUACAGAGGCGAUGAAAAUGCUGUUCCUCGUGUCUUCCUCUGACUGCUCUAUGACUGAAAAUCCCAUCACUGUUGCUGAUACAAUCCAGUUCUUGAUAAAGUGUCACAUGAACAGUGUCGGAUGCUUAAAGACUUUUCUCUUUUAACUCCAAAGUGCUGAUGAAUACUUUUUUAUUCUUACAUUAAAAACAAUGCACUCACUCUUCUACAUCACAAAACCACUGGGAGCUCAGGGGCAGACUUUUUAAUCAUUUUCUCUAAAUUUAACUUGUAAUGUGAUUCUUCUCCUGAAAGUGGUUUCUCUUUAUUUGAUCAUAUUGGGAGAGAGAAAUUAUUAAGGAAAUACAUCAGGAGUGCUGGUGACUGAUUGUAAUGUCCAGUUUUUUAAAGCACUUUCUAAGAAAAGGAUGAUUUUAUAUUUUGGGAAUUUUGUUUAAAUGGAAAUUGUGCUUUAUUGAGGAAUAACUGCUUGAGUCUGUCAACAUCUGGAUGUUGCAUUGCUCAGGAUAACUCAUGAAUGAGUGUUUGUGAAAUUAAUGUUUAUUUUCAUUUUGUCUGAAAUAAAUCGCACAUCUUAAUUUUAAA